AAUAGAACCACACCUCCCAUACAUUCUUCCUAGGACCACAGCUCCCACACUUCUCUCCUUCCUCCCUCACUUUUUCUUGUUCUUUCUCACAUUUCUUCAUGCAUGAGUGUCCGGAUUGGAAGAACCAAGUACAGGUCUUAGAUCUGCUAAGAAUUCAAAUUAUUGGAGUCAAUCUCUAAUGGAGAACCAAGCAGAAGCAGAUUCAAACAAAGAAAAUGUAUUGCCUACUUGGAUACCUCAGCUUGGCAUGAAGUUCAACACCCUAGAUGAGGCUUGGAACUUUUGGGGAUAUUAUGGAGGAAGGAUGGGGUUCAGCAUCAGUCAAAGGUAUAAAAACAUAAGCAAAUUUGAUCAGAAGGUCACCUCCUGCAAAUAUGUUUGUUUCAAAGAGGGUAAAAAGGCAGUAGACAAAAGAGAUAAUGUUGUUAAGAAUCCAAGAGCUGAGACUAGAAUUGACUGUAGAGUUCGUAUGCCCCUUUCAAUAAAUCGUGAAGUUGGUAAUUGGGCAAUAUCUGAUCUUUUUCUUGAACACAAUCACACACUUCAACUGCCAGAAGCAUCCCACCUACUGCUAUCAAAGAGAGUGAUCUCUAACAUGCAGGCUUUUGAAAUUGAAUGUGCUGAUUACUCUGGUAUUGCACCAAAAGCUGCUCAUGAGUUUGCUAGUCGACGGGUUGGUGGAUCAUCUAAUCUGAGCUACACUCCUCGGGAUCAUAAGAAUCAUUUGAGAACUAAGCGUCAAAGGGACCUUAAGUAUGGUGAAGCGGGUAGCAUGUUGAAGUAUUUUCAAGACAGAGCUGCAGAGAAUCCAGCAUUCAAAUAUGUUUUACAGCUGGACUGUGAUGAAAAAAUAACAAACAUUUUUUGGGCUGAUGCUAAGAUGAUAAUUGAUUAUGCUCAUUUUGGUGAUGUCACGACCUUUGACACCACUUUUGGAACAAAUAAGGAACAUCGGCCAUUGGGUGUGUUCGUUGGAUUCAACCAUUUUAGAGAAACUGUUAUCUUUGGUGCUUCUCUCCUGUAUGAUGAUACAUUUGAAUCUUUUAAAUGGUUGUUUGAUUCUUUCUUAUUAGCACACAGUGAGAAGCAUCCUAGAACCAUAUAUACUGAUCAAGACUGUGCAAUGGGAAAGGCAGUUGGAUUUCAGUGCUUGCAUGUAUCAACAUGUGCACCAAGAAGAAUUUGA